GAUCCUGACAACGCUCGUGUAAUGUGGGUCGCUGAACAGAUCCGUGUUUCAGUGGCCAAAAACAACCUUCUGUUGCCAAUAGCGGAGUACAGCCUCCGCAUCUCAGACGUCAUGUUGGGAGAAAGAACACCUCGGGAGGACGGAAGGAAAACGAUCUCUCUGUGUCCUAACAUCAUCACUCCGAAUACAAUCCCAGAGUUCUGCAUCCCACCAAAGAUCUCGCCACAGCAGGAGCUAAAGACGGUGGACUGGAGUAAAACUAACCCUGUUGGAAAGGUGUCCUUUUCACCUGAGAAGGGCAGCAGCCCGGCGAGGGAGGUAGCAGUGAGAGAACCCUUCAUCAACACUCAUCCAACCCUCAUCCAGGUAGAGAGCGUGGACGAGGCUCCAUACGACCAGGGCUUCAGUGAUGAGGAGAGUACCAACGCCGACCCCCAGAGCCAAGCAGCUCUCUCCCUGCCCCACCUGGCCAAGGCCCAGACCUGCUACGGUUUCUGUACCCUCCUGGAGAGCCCCCACACCCGGAGAAAAGAGUCUCUGUUCCACAGCCACCCCAACGCCUGCCCCCUCCCCCUGAUCGCUGGCUCUCCCGGGCCUCGCGGCCACUCCAAAACCUACUCCUCCAGAACCUCAUCUCUACCCCACUCCCAGUCAUCCUCCUUCAGCCUCACUAAGCUGACCUCCGGCAGGCUGUCUCCUGGAGGCUCCAGGCUGGUGGCUCUCCAGAGACAGAGCACCCUGGACAGUGACACCACCUCCUCCGCCGAGUCUUCCCCCUUCAGCUCCCCUCUCCUGGCCAGGCCGCCUCCCAAGUCCUCCCUGCUCAAAGUCCUGAGCCACGACAGACUGCUGUCCCGCACUAUGAGAAAAGCUGUGCUCUCCAGAAACAACUCUCUGUCCACGGAUGAAGGCAGCUCCACGGACAACAGCCCCAAUAUCAUCCGGAGAGCCUCUGAUGCUGGAUUAGUAGAACCCCUUCCCGGUACCUUCACCCUGGCUCCCCCUGCCAUCUUCCCCAUAGACCUGGUCCUCCACAGAGAGAGGGUCAUGAAGGAGAGUCUAGCUCCUGUAGGUAGAGAGGGGGCACUACGGCUCUCAGCAGAAUACUGCCUAGACAACCAGAGACUCAGAGUGAGGUUGAUCAGUGCUGAGGGACUGUAUGCUAUCGCUGUGGAUCCUAAGAGCAUCAACUGCAGCAUCAGUAUCUGUCUGUUACCGGGGAAGAUUCAGAAGCAACGCAGCGCGGUGAUUAAGAGGAGCAGGAACCCCCUCUUCAACGAGGAUUUCUUCUUCUAUGGUAUCUCACAGGAAGAUAUAUGCUGUCGGGCGCUGCGGUUCAAAGUUGUCAACAAAACGUCCUCCAUGAAAAGGGACUAUAUUUUGGGAGACUGUGAGAUUUUGCUGAAAAGUUUAUUAUCUAUGUAGAAAUUGUUUAUUUGCUCUUUAAUUUUUUUUUUACUAGGCAAGUCUGUUAAAGAACAAAUCCUUACUUUCGAAGAUGGCCUAGGAACAGUGGGUUAACUGCCUGUUCAGUGGCAGAACGACAGAUUUGUACCUUGUCAGCUCAGGGGUUUGAACUUGCAACCUUCUGGUUACUAGUCCAACACUAACCACUAGGCUAAC